AUGAAAGUAAAAAUUUUGAGCUUUUUUUAAAUAUGCUCUUUAAUUACUGUUGCUAUAUGUUAUGUUGAUGAAAUAUAAUACCAAAAAUUAAAUGCCAGUUAAUGCUAAAGUAUAAUAACGGAUUAAUUCAUCUAGUAAGGGAUAGAUUUCAAAUGCUCAAGUGGAUAAAUUGUGGUAAGUAACUAAAAUGAAAUUACAUUAGAUUUAGAUUUAGUAGGAAAAAAGAUUACUACACCAAUAAUGUUUAAAGAUAUCGCAAAAUUGAAUUUUAAUAAAGUUUAAAUCACCAAUUUCAAGUUAGAAAAAUCUUUUAUAAGCGUGAAAGGUGUUCAAGAAUUCAACAUAAACAGUAUUAUGAUAGAUAUAGCAAAUCAAGAAGGGUUAUCACUUGAGUGGAUACUCAAAGCAUAUUAAAUUAAACAAAUAAAUAUAGAUUAAAUAAAUGUUGGACAUACACCUUAAUAUCUUAUUUAAUUAAGUGCAAAUAGUAUUAAAAUUAAUAAUCUAUAAACAUUAUCUAUUAACAACUUAGAACUCUCUAGCAAUAACUUAAUAUAAAUAAAUUACUUCUUAAUAAGAGAAGUAUAGACGCAGAGUUAUACAUUGACCUUAAAGUUAUUAACAAAUACUAACAUUGAAAUUGGAUAAUUAAUAGUCUAAAGCAGUUCUUCAAAUUAAAAUUAAAGAUAUCUAAAUAAUAAUAACUAGAUAGAAUAUCAAAUAUUUAAUUCACAAACUUUCUUUUAGAUUUCUAUUACAGAAAUCGAAUAAGUAAACAUAGGAUCAAUAUUGGUUAAAGGAUAUACUACUUUACCUCUUUUGUAUUAAGAUGAAUCUUUAAUUAUGCUUAAUAAAGUUAGCAAUUUUACUACAAGCAACAUUCAGAUCAAAGAAAAUAGCUUUAUUAGUUAAAGUAUAAUACAAGGAACAGUGUUAGAUUUCGCUGUAAUAGAUUAAAUUGAUAUCAAGCCUGGGUAGAAAUCAGUCUUUAAUUCAUAUCUAUUAUAUAUUCCUUAAUCAAACUAAGUUUCAAUAAAGGGAUUAUCCUUGGAUGGUAUUUAAUUUUAGCAAGAAUCCUUAUUUUAUUAUGAUGCUUCUUAUAUGGAUCUAAACUAACAAAAAAUAUAGCAGUAAUAAUUUAUCAUAAAAGUUUAAUAAUUAAAGAGUAGUUUGAAAUUUAAUGAUUUAUUUGCUGAUAUGAAGCAAUCUAAGUAAUCUUAAAAUCUAUCCCUUUUAUUUUUGAAUUUGGGACUGCCUUCUGAAUAAUACCCUUUUUAUACCUUAGAGACAUAAAAUUCUUACAUUAAAAAUGGUUAAUCUUAAGAUUUUGGAGGAUGCUUUUAAUUGCAUAAUUUAAAAUAAUCCUCAAUAUAAUAAAUUAAAUUAAUUUUCAAAAAUACAACAUUUGAUUCUUGUGUGAGUAAAUAUUUAGGAGGCGCUAUUUCUGGAGGUUUUUUAACUGAGGCUAAUGAUUUAAAUAUAAUUAAUUGUAAAAGUAAAAUAGGUGGAGGCCUUUAUAUUUAUCAAUCCGAGUCAAACAAAACAGAAUUGCAGAAGAUAAAUUUUUAGAAUAAUAAAGCAUAUUUAACUGGAAAUGAUUAUAGCUUUGAGAUAGAAGAAAUUCUUAUCCAUAAAAUAGAAGAAUUAAAUUUAGACUUAAAAAACCCUUAUGCAAUAAUUAAGACAGAUCAAUUUUUAUAUUAAGGUUUGACUUAUGUUGUCUCUCUUUCUUUUAAAAUAAAUAAUUAAAUCUUUUCUGAUUUUAACAAAGACUCUUCAUUUGAAAAUAUGUAUAGUUUCAUACUUAAUACAAAUGAUAACUACUUGCUAGAUUCUCCUCAACUUCUUUCAAGUUAUAAUUCCCCUUAUUUCAUAUGGGUUUUAGAACAUGCAGAUUUUUAAGGAAAUCAACUAACAAACAUAAAUUUAAAAUAAAUACAAUUUAAUAAUAUUCAGUAUAGUUUAAAUACAAGCAACUACUAAGUAUUUAAUGGCUGUAAACAAUAAGGUAUGGAAAAAGUUAAAGUUUAAUAUGGAGGUAAACAGACUUUUAUAUGCAGAUAUUGCUAAUAAAGCAAAGCCAAUUAUGAUCAAGCACAGUGCUAAUCUUGCUCAUUUAAUUAAUUUUAAGAAUGCUUUGCAAAUUAUUCUCUUUUGUAAGAAUCUUAUUGGAGAUUAAAUUAUACUAUAGACUCUGAUUAAAUAUAUAAAUGCUCACUUAAUCCUUCGAGCUGCGUUUCAGGAAGCGGAGUUGGGAAUUCUUUAUGCUAUUAAGGUCACAUCGGAGCAUAAUGCUUAAAUUGUGAUAUUGACGGAGUUUACUGGGGUGAAAAUAAUUAUUAUAAUGUCAACUUUUAAAAGACUUAGAAAUGA